AAAGCUCAUGGCAUGUAGGGUUGGUGCUUGUGCGUAGCUGAAAACGUGUCUUGUGCUCUCGCGGAUUCUUAUGUGACAGUUUUUUGAGUUUGUUUGUAUCGACAAGAUGUUGGAGUUUUAUCCCAAUCUGAAUUUGAACCCGGCGAUGAUGCAGGAGAGGAACGGGAUUGGAGGCCCGGAUUGCAAUGGACGACCAGACAAUGGACUGAUAAAAUGUGAAAAGGCGUGGUGUGACAAUAACAAUUUACAUAAUCCUUUAGAUAGCAGUAUAAUAAAAUGUGAGAAGACUUACGAAAUGUGCGAAGGAUGCGGCCACAAAAUCCACGAUAGGUACCUGAUGCGAGUAGCAGAUUCAAGCUGGCACGAACAUUGUCUCUGCUGUUCGAUAUGUGGAGUACUGCUGUCCCAUUCGUGUUACACUAGGAAUACCAAACUUUAUUGCAAGGCUGAUUAUGAUAGGAUAUUUGGAGUGAAGUGUUCAAGAUGUGGAGACCGAUUGCUUCCUCACGAGAUGGUGAUGAGGGCCCAGCAGCACGUAUUCCACUUACCAUGCUUCGCCUGUGUUGCCUGCGGUCAACCUCUCCAGAAAGGAGAACAGUUCGUUCUUAGAGCUGGGCAACUCUUUUGUAGAGGAGACUUUGAGAAGGAGCUGUAUCUUUUGCAACAGGCUAGUUCGGGGGACGAUGAUCUACUGGAUGAAAAUAGCAGACCCAGAGAUGGCAGAAGAGGUCCCAAGCGACCGAGAACAAUCCUCACCUCCGCUCAACGACGACAGUUCAAAGCCUCCUUCGAAGUGAGCCCCAAACCCUGCCGCAAAGUCCGAGAAGCCCUGGCGAAAGAAACCGGCCUCAGCGUCCGGGUGGUACAGGUUUGGUUCCAAAACCAGAGAGCCAAAAUGAAGAAGAUCCAAAGAAAAGCCAAACAGGACGACGGGAAAUCGUCGAGUGAUAAAGAAAAAGGUGAUAAGGAUGAUAAAGUUAUUAAGCAAGAAUCGCCAAGUAGUGAGCACGGGCAUUAUAUGAGUUUGGGCAAUUUGGGUGAUGGCCAUUUUCAAACUUCUAGUCAACCCCUAAAUCCCAACGUUCCGUACUCACCUGAUGAUAACUAUCCAGCACACUCUGGCGAGAGUUUCUGCAGCUCAGAUAUCUCUUUGGACGACAGUACAAACUUCGAUCAGCUGGAUGAAGCUACAUCGGAUACCAUGUCUCUCCAAAACCUCGAACUUCAGUCACAUUCCCACCACAACGAAGCGGGCUCUACGUCCACAUCGACCUCCAUAGCUAAUCCCAUAGACAAACUCUACCUCAUGCAGAACUCAUACUUUAGCACAGAACAGUAGACGAGCAGGAGUAGAUCACGGAUAAAUUUUCUCAAGGGAUUUUAAACAAGUGUUAAAAAUUAAAGUUUUACUUAAGUAUUUGGUCAAAUUUUGAGUUGAAAUUACGGUUAUUUUAAAAACUAAAAUUUUCACUCCGCGCGUCCUGACGACAAGAUCUCUUCGACUGGUUUGCGCUAUCUCUUUCUAGCACAUUGUACCGAGAAACUAAGAUGAGAUUAAGGUGUGAGUAUAGGCACGGAAGAGGAGGACAACUGUCUAACUGACAACGCAGCUUAAUAUGUGUAAGAGUGAAACAGCACUAAUCCAAAGAAAAAAGAUGGUGUCGUCACUUCGCUUUGAAUGACACUCUCUCUGUGUCAAUAUAUACCUCUAUGGUAUGAAGUAUGUUAACUCUAAAAUGCUGUGUCUGUGUACCUACCUGCUUGACUGCUUGACUUAUCCUUGUUUUUCCAUUUUAACCAGUAUAAGUACUUAUAGCGAUAUGUUUUCUGUUUUUUUUUUGGUCAUUUUAUGUUUUCUUCUUUAUAUUUCUACUUCUGUUUAUAAAAAUCUUACACCAGCUAUGUACAUAAAUAUCUUUCUUCUUGAUGUCUAUCCUAUCCUAACAUAUCAGUGAAGAAUAUUGGCGUUUAUCACGACAAUCUUUAUCUAAUCUGGAGUAGGGCAGAAAAACUUCAUAGAUGUUGUGUUGAACCAGGUAUUGAGGUUCUUUAACCAGGAUGUUCUUCUCCUUCCUGGACCUUACUUUCCAAAUAUUUUCCUUGCACUGGGCUUAUAGGAGGGCAUAUCUGUUUUUCUUUUUCUUUAUUUUUCUGAGGACCUCGUCAUUUGUGACUCAGUCAGUCCACGUGAUCUUAAGUAUUCUCCUUUAGGUAUAGUCAUAUCUCAAAUGCUGCUAAUCUUCUGCACAUAUCUUCAUUUAAGGUCCACAAUUUGACUUCAUAAAAAAGGACUGACAAGACAUAGCCUCGCACCAUUCUUACUUUUCAAAUCCACAAGGAAAAAGGUUUUCCUGUAGCUGGCUGUAUACCAUAUAUCACAAAAAAUUUAAGUAAAAUUCUUUAUAAAAGGCAUACAAUUUAUUAAAAUUCCCUAAAAAGGGCUACAUCACAUAAUGUAGAACUAGCUUUAGAUCUGAUUACAGAUCAUCAGUGCUGAAUAGGAUGCUCACAUGCUAAGCCACCAAAAUUGAAAAUAUUUGGGUAAAAAAUAAUUAACAUGGAUGUUUUAAAUAUCACAUGAUUAGGCCCCGGGCACCAUUUGACCCUCACUUGAGUUUAAUACAUUCAGAGGUAACUAUAUGACAACUAAUUAUAAUGACUAUAGUGCGGUAGCAGAUCCUCUGAACAACCAAGCAUGCGUGCACUUAGAACAAAGCUUCUCUGAUACCAACAGCAUUAUUUACGAACCUGAAAUGGUUGUGGGAAAUUUGACUUUCACAGAGCUUGUAAAUUUUCUAAUGGAUUAUCUUUAGGAACAAUUUUAGGAGAUGCCUAAAAUUGUUCAUUCAUUUCAGCCAUUCUGUUGAUAUUUCUCCAGAGUUCUAUAUAUAUUGUUGAGUAUCUUUGUGAGUAUUGCUAUUGACUCAUCCAUUAGUUUGAGUAGUUCUGCCUGUAUGUUGUCGGGGCCUGCUGCUUUGCCAUCCUUUAGCUUUGUUAUUGGAUAAUAAACUUCCUGGUGUUAUAAUUUUGCUCCAUUAUUUUCCUCUUUUUCUAGCUCAAAAGUUCUCUUUGGUCUUCAAACAGUUUCUCUAGGUAUCUUUUCCACGUUCUUAUUUUACACUGUUUGUCCAAGAUGAUGUUUCUAUCAGAAUCAGUUAGAUUUCCUUUCUGUCUCCGUUUUAGUAAACCUGAGUUCUUUAACUUUCCUAUGUACAUUGUGAUUAUCGUACUUUGGCUGUACAUAGAGUCUCAAUUUCUUUUUAUUUCUUCACUGCUUCUUUUUCUCUCGCCUCUCUGAUUUUCCUUCUUUUGGGUCUGGGUCUGAGUCAUUUUUGGCUUUUCUUUUUUCAAUCAUUAGUUUCGGGAUCUCAUCUGUUAUCCAUGAUUUUUUGUGCAGUCAUUUGCUCGUUUAACGUGGCUGACUCUCACUUUCAUAUUGGUCUUUUGGCAUACGUAGAUCGUACGACUCUGAUUUCAUCCUAGUUGAUACCUCGAUUAAUAUUAUUUGUGAAAUUCAAUGUUUCGUUUAGCAAUUAUAACACUGGCAGAUUUAUUAAUUCACUGACUCUUUGUUGACUUACAAAAACUUUAAUUAACAGAUAAUAAUUAUUAUAUUUGAUACGGAAUAAGAAUACAUAUUAUUCCGUAAAUAUAGGUUUGGAUUUUAUAUAAGAGAUAACCACUGAGAAAAUUUAUCUAUACCGUAAUAUGUAAAUAAUAUAGAUCGGAGAAAAGUUGAAAACAUGAAAAAAUGUAUAAACUUCAUUCGAAUAUUUUAUUAUUUACCAAAAGUAUGUUAAUUGUUUCUUUAUUUUAUAUUUCCACACAGAACAAUUUUCUACCAUUUUCAAAUUAAAUAGGGUGUGAGUGAACUUAUGACACUAUAAGGUAAGUUGACCAAAUAAGGCCCACUUAAUGUUUGUUAGUUGUUUUUUGAUAAAUAAAAUCACGAUAUAAAUCUGAAAACCACAGAGAAGAUAAAUCACAUAUUUAAAUUUAAUAUGAGAUUGUUAAAUUUUGUCAAAUGUUUUAUGAGUUGAUACUUUUUAGUCUUUAAAAAAUGGUUGCUUCUGGGCCUAAUUAGGAACACCAUGUUCUUAAUAAGGCCCACUUCAUGUUCUUAAUAAGGCUCACUUUUUAAAUGUGACAAUUAUGCCUGGUUGCACCAACAGAUCUUCAGCUCCAGUUUAGCCCAGUUCAGCUUAUGUCGCAUUGACGUUCCACGUCUUAAGCUUAAGGUCUAUUGGUGCAACUAUACAUUAAUCAAAUUAAACAAAGGUGACAUGUAGGACAUUUAUUUUGUAAAAAAUAAUAGGUACUUAAAAUAAUUAUUGCAAACAGCCUGGACAUAUGAAAACUAAGUCUUUAUCAUCUGCUGAAAGUCCUACACACUCUUCAUGAAUAUAUCGUUUGCAGCUGUCACAAAGUCUCAUAUCCUUAACGACAUCCUCAUUGCAGACGAAACAAUACCAACUAUCUUUUCGUUCUUCUUUGUUUUUUGAGGUUUCAAG